UAUCAGCUUCCACGACGUCAGGUGGUUGUCUGGUUAGGUCGUUUUUAUUCACAAUUUUCUACCUCGUCUCCUUCUCUCGCAUGUCGCUGUAACAGGCCUCCCAAGCCGAAUGGUGUAAAGAAAUGUUCGUUGCUAAUUCAUUUCCAUAGACGGUAAAACGCAAGACGGUAGUAAAACAGGAAACCGUUUCAUUUUCGUUACCCGUGCAGUGUGUUUUUGCUACCAAUUUCUUGGCUUUGGCCGUUGGUUCAUAAAAAAUUGACGCAUUUUUCCGGUUUCCUUUUUGGCGCGCGUGGAUGUAAUCGUUGUCGGUCUGGCAUUUGGUUGGUUCACCUUAUCUUUGGUCCUUAUGCCAGGAAAAACGUAGUGGAAAAAGCAGCCAUAGAAAAGGCCAAGAAUCGCCGAGGCAAAAGAAAAAUGUUUAAUGGCUUACAAAUUAUUCAAAUUGCUUCAGUGUGUUCCGGUUGUUACUGUUGCUGUUGCGGCGGUGUUGAUGCUUUUAAGUGUUCAUCAAAUGUGACCGGAAACCGGAAAUUUUUGUUGAAAAAUUUUCGAAUCUUCCUUACAACAAUAAAAAAACAAAGAAAACAAAUUUAUUGACGUAAAACAAUACUAAAUACCAGUAACAACAUCAGCAGUAACCAAAAGCCAAAGAAAAUAAAAAUAGAAAAGAAAAAAAUAUAAAAUAGGCAUCUGCAGUGUGUUGUAGUGGCCAGCCGCGUCAUGAUAACUAUGAUUAGUGAAGAAAUCACAAAUAAAAUUUAUGGCCAAAUCACUGAGAUUAUCAUCGACACAAAUCCCAUAAAUUAAGUUAUUAAGCAGGCAGCCAGGAAAAGCAACCGACAGACAAGCCAUCAUAAAAGCCCGAAACUCCGCAAAAAGGAUAACAGCAAGAGCAGAAACAGCAAAAAAAUAUAAUGGCUUGUUUUAAUCGUUUCUUUCCUUCGCGCCAGAAAAGCAGUUUCACUCCCGAAAAGGAUGAAAACAAGGACACAGUGCUUAAUACCAAUGAUAAUACAGUGCAAAUUGGUCGAUAUAUAAGGCGAGAUGAGUCCUCCUUCUUCACACCCAAAUCCACAGAGAGUUUAAGAACCCCUGCUCAAAGGCAAAGUAUUCUAAACCAUCAUACAACAGCCAAUGUGGCAGGUAAUCAAACUCAAACACAAGCUGCUAUUGCUGCUGCUGCUGCUACUACCACCACUACCAACAAAGUCAAUAGCCUUAAUAAAAGCAAUAAAAAAUUCAUCACAUCCAAUAAAGUAAGAAAUGCGAAUGCAACAACAACUCCCAAUGGCGGCUAUACGGUAGCAAAUGGCAGCAUACAGGCCAAACAGCAUUUACAUCAGCAACAUCCACAGCUGCCAACGAAAUUGAAACCGGUUAAGGAACGAAGGCCCACAGCUUUGCCCCUACAACAGCCAAAAAUUGAAAAUGGGCAUGCUGAUGAUGACGAUGAGGGAGAGGAAAAUGAUUUUCUUUCCAAAGACAAUGGCAUUGAGAUGGAGGAGCAAAGCGCCAAAUUUUUUAUAGGCAAUGCAAGUGGCGAUGAUGAUGAUGACGAUGACGAUGAGGAUGAAGAUAAUGCAGAUGUUGUGGUGGUGGCAAAUGAAAAGCUGACUGUCUUUGUAACACCACCAUCCUCUGCUAGAAUCCAAGAGGUGCCUUUUUCAUAUCCCAAACAACAGUUUGCAAAUGCUGUGGAUGUCACUGGCGGAAAGCAAACAUCGUUGACAUCUCUUUCCAGCUUUUCGGCUGCAGCAGCCACAGCCACAGCCACAUCCUCAGCCAAAAUACGCACUAAACUUCCCAGUAAUACAAGCAAUAAACUAAGAAAAUUUGGUCGUACUGACACCGCAAACUCAUCGUUAUCGCAACAGCAGGAGGAGGAGGAGAAAGUGCAUAUACCGCCACCACCGCCGCUGCCACCACAGCCCCUAUGCACACCCUCGCUAUCGGUGAUUUCGAGAGGCAAACGUAUUUCAAAUAUGCCUGAAACACCAACAUCAGCGACAUCAGCCACAUCGUCAUCAACAUUCCCAGUGCUAACGGAAACGGAAGUGAAGGAAACACAAGCAUCUUCACCAACACCCUCGCUGGAUUCGACAACAUCUACAACAACGACGACAGCUACUACAGCUACGCACCAAAGCGGAAAUGUACCAUUGAGAGAAUCAACGCCAUCGCCUAAAGAAAGUGAUAGCAGUGGUGAGACACCUAAAUCACAUCGUGCCGAAGGAGGUCUGAUAUUUGCCCGCACAAAUCUACCCUUCAAAAAGGAUGUCCACAUUGACUACAUAGAGAAGGAUGAAAAAACUCGCAAUCUCAUACGCAAAGCAAUUGAGAAAAAUGAUUUUCUCAAUAACUACAUGGAUAAGGAACGCAAAGAGAUGGUCAUCGAUGCCAUGGAAAUGUUGCAUUUCAAACAAAAUGAUUUCAUCAUCAAUGAAGAUGAUGAAGGCUCUGAGAUUUAUGUGUCCGAGGAGGGUAAAUUUGAUGUCAUCAAACAGGAUAAGGUCAUUGGACAAUUUGGUGGCGAAACAGUAUUUGGUGAAUUGGCAAUUUUGUAUAAUGCCAAGCGAUUUGCUUCCAUACGUGCUGUAACAAAUGCCAAAGUAUGGAAAAUCGAUCGAGAUAAAUUCCGUAAGAUAAUGGUCAUAUCUGGCUCCAAGGAGAGGGAGGAGAAUUUGCAUUUCUUGAGAUCCGCACCAUUUUUGAAUGACUUGUCCGAGGAGGUAUUAAGCAAAGUGGUGGAUUUAUUGCAAAGGAAAUUCUUUGCCACCAAUACCUGCAUUGUGCGUGAAGGUGAUAUCGGCAAUGAGUUCUUCAUCAUAAGAGGCGGCACUGUCACCAUUAAAAAGUUAACAGAUGCUGGCGAAGAGCGAGUAGUGGAUAAUCGUAAACGUGGAGAUUAUUUCGGUGAGCAGGCUUUACUUAAUGCUGAUCGCAGACAGGCUAGCGUAUAUGCAGAUGCGCCUGGAACAGAAGUAUUGAAAUUAGAUAGAGAAGCUUUCAUCAGUUAUUUGGGCACCAUACCCCAACUCCGAGAAUUACCUGUGGAGCGCUCAGAUCCUGAGGGCCGUGACAGCAAUCGAAAAUCAGAGUUUGACAAUGAAUAUGCCAAAAUACAAUUGACCGAUCUAAAGAAAAUUGCCACCUUGGGAGCUGGAGCCUUUGGCAAAGUCGAUUUGGUGCAAUAUGAUGCCAAUACCAUAUUUGCGUUGAAAAUUGUGAAAAAGAUAGAUAUUGUGAAACAGGAUCAGAUAGAGCAUAUCUAUAGUGAGAAACAUGUGAUGAUGAAAUGUCGAAGUUCACCAUUUAUAAUAGAGCUUUUCAAAACCUUUCGCAAUGAGAAAUUUGUCUAUUUUCUUAUGGAAGCCUGCAUGGGUGGUGAUGUUUGGACUGUGAUGUCUCAACGCAGAUUCUUCGAUGAGAAAACUGCUCGUUUUAUAGCAGGUUGUGUGGUGGAAGCUUUUGAUUUCCUGCACUCACACAAUAUAAUCUAUAGAGAUUUGAAACCGGAGAAUUUAAUGUUAACCACAGAUGGUUAUUGUAAAUUGGUGGAUUUCGGUUUUGCCAAACACAUUCCAACCAAUCAAAAAACUCACACCUUUGCAGGCACUCCAGAAUAUGUGGCCCCAGAAAUUAUACUCGAUCGCGGUCAUGAUCGUUCGGUGGACUAUUGGGCCCUGGGCAUAUUGAUAUUCGAAUUAUUGGUGGGUAAGACACCAUUUCGAGGGCAAAAUCAAAUAAAAAUUUAUCAACAAAUUUUGGGAGGCAUUGAUGUGGUGCAAAUGCCCUCGAAGAUACCCAAGCCAGCACAAAAUCUUAUAAGGUCCUUGUGCAAACAAUUGCCGGCGGAGAGACUGGGCUAUCAGCGUAAGGGUAUAUUAGACAUAAAGAAGCAUAGUUGGUUUGAUGGCCUGGAUUGGCAGAAGCUAAGAAAUAAACAACUUUCCUCUCCCAUUAAACGACCCAUACACAGCAAAACCGAUUUGCAGCAUUUUGGUCCCUCAGGUGUGGAAAAUGAAGUGGAUCCUCCACCCGAGACCAGUGGCUGGGAUAUUGACUUUUAAACAAAACCACCACCAUUUCAUAAAAGUGGUUAAUUUUACCAACAAUUGUUAAUUAUUAUUAAAUCAUUUUUUUUAUACAUUUAACUUGCUAAGCUUAUGUUAAUAGCUUUAAGCCAAAGACAAUAAUC